AUGACCAAGCGAACCAAGAAGGCCGGUAUUGUUGGAAAAUAUGGCACCCGAUAUGGUGCUAGUUUGAGGAAGCAAAUUAAGAAGAUGGAAGUUAGUCAGCACAGUAAAUUCUUCUGUGAGUUCUGUGGAAAGUAUGCUGUUAAGAGGAAGGCUGUUGGUAUUUGGGGAUGCAAAGAUUGUGGAAAAGUGAAGGCUGGAGGUGCUUACACGUUGAAUACUGCUAGUGCUGUGACUGUACGAAGCACCAUUAGAAGGCUAAGGGAGCAGACUGAGAGUUGA